AUGAUAACAAAUGUUCUGCCCCCUUUUCCAAAUUAUCCUCACCCUCGCCCGCAAUAUCCACCUCAAGCUGCUUACCACCCCAAACCGCCUGCUCAACCUAUUCAGUUAAGAUCACAUGCUCCUCAAACCAACCCAAGAACACCAAGGAAUCUUGAUCCACCUCUCCCCCUUCCGCUCAGUGAAAUCUAUCGAUACCUGUUGGUGGGGUAUUCAACCAAUAAUUGUGGAGCUCUUCGUGGAAGGGUACAGGCUCUAAUCAGAAAUGGAUGGUUACAAAUUGAAGGAAAUUGCUCUCUUCCCAACGUCACUUCAAACCCAUUACCUAAUCACGAUACAGGAAAUGGAGUGAAUGUGAUAGAACCUUGGAAUGAAAGAUCAAUCUUAGAGAUAAAUCAGAUGAUUCCGAAUUUCAAUGAGAUUUUUGCAAUUGCAGUAAAAGAGGGAUAUGUAUGCCCUCAGGGAUCUGGGUCGGGAAGUGAUCGGCAUAAUUCAGGAUGCCCUUACCAUGGAGGGACGACCGGUCAUGAGUUGCAAAACUGUGAUGAAUUCAGGCAAGAAGUUUGGAGAAUGCUUUCACUCAGAAUUUUGAGAUGUCAGCGGAGGUCAAGGAUAGAGGAUGAAGUGAACACAGCCAGAUUUGGCCGAGAUACCUCUACCCCCAAUCCAAGAAUAGUCUUUUCUGCUCCUAACACACCAACACCACUAGUGCCACCAAUAACGAUCAUCCGAACUCCGCCUCUACUCCCAGUCACUAAUACCCAUGCAAUGUCUUGGAACUACAAUAUCCAAGUAUUUACUCAGAACGCAUCCUGCGGCACUUCAAUUUCUACCCUCAACCAUACCUACACUCAACCCAUCACCUCUCCUAAGCUAUGCUUUGCCCCACACGAGCAUUUCAAGAUGACUUAUAUAGGACCCUCCAACAAUACUACUCCCCAACCAAAGCCAAAACCUGUCACAACCAGUAACUCACUCCCACAAGAUCAGGAAGUAGAAUUUAUAACCAGGAGUGGGAGAAGUUACGAAAAUGAUGAAACAGAAAAGAAGAAGGGGAAAGUAAAAAUGGGAGUGUCACCAGAAAAUAUGGAGGAAGGGGCUGUAAGAGUUGAGAAAGGGGAAUCUAGUGAAAAGAAAGAAGAAGAGGAACUGCUACUGCAAAUCAUGAAACAAAGUGAAUAUGAUGCCUUUGUGACCCCCGAUAUCACACCAGGGCAAUUUGAGAAGAUAGUUGGGCAAAUUCAGGCGUCCAAUUUUGUCACUUUCUUGGAAGAUAAAGUAGACCUGACUGGCUUGAAACAUACUAAAGCUCUGCAUGUGACAGUUAAGUGUAAGAGGUGCAUAGUCGCUAAAGUUCUGAUUGAUAAUGGAUCUGCCCUUAAUGUCUUGCCUAAUGCCACCUUGGCGAAACUACUUGUUAAUCUAUCAGCCGUACGCCAAAGUGUCAUGGUAGUAAGAGCCUUUGACGGUACAAAGAGAGAGCUAGACUCCAUGUCUGAGGCACUGAUUUCACCAAUCGCUGAAGGGCAAGAGCUUGAUAAUUGGGAAGCAGAAGAUAUCCCUAUGCUUAAUCUCAAGUAA